ACCCUCAGCAAAUAUACAAUUUUAUAUUUGCCAUAGACACACACACACACACACACAAACACAAACACAUACACAGAUUUCUCUCUCAAUCUAUUUUGUUUCGCAAAAACACACAAAACAGUUUCUAUAUUCCCUUUGUGUUUUUAUGUUUCCAAAGUUCAUAUCUUCUUUCUUUUUUAUCAUAACUUCAUAGAGCCUUUUUUGACUUUGAAAAAUAUGGAGAAUGCUAAUGAGAGCUUAUGUGUCAAUGACCCAUUGAAUUGGGGUUUGGCAGCUGAGUCAUUGAAAGGUAGCCAUUUGGAUGAGGUGAAGAGAAUGGUGAGGGAGUUUCGCCAGCCGGUGGUCCGGCUAGGCGGCGAGACCCUCACCAUAUCUCAGGUGGCGGCAGUGGCGGUAGGUGGUGGUGGGGUGGCAGUGGAGCUUUGCGAGUCGGCAAAGGCCGGUGUCAUGGCCAGCAGUGAUUGGGUAAUGGAGAGUAUGAAUAAAGGGACAGAUAGCUAUGGGGUCACCACAGGGUUUGGUGCAACUUCACAUAGGAGGACUAAUCAAGGUGCUGCUCUUCAAAAAGAGCUCAUUAGAUUUUUGAAUGCUGGAAUAUUUGGGAAUGGGACAGAGUCAAGCCACACAUUGCCUCACUGUGCUACAAGGGCUGCCAUGUUAGUCAGAAUCAACACACUCCUUCAAGGCUACUCAGGCAUCAGAUUUGAGAUAUUAGAAGCCAUCACAAACCUCCUCAACCACAACAUCACUCCAUGCUUGCCUCUCCGCGGCACGAUCACCGCGUCGGGCGAUUUAGUCCCCUUAUCGUACAUCGCUGGAGUCUUAACUGGCCGGACCAACUCCAAGUGUGUGGGGCCCAACGGAGAGGCCCUUGAUGCCCGAGAAGCAUUCUGCCUCGCGGGUAUCAAUGGCGGGUUUUUUGAAUUACAGCCUAAAGAGGGCCUUGCAAUGGUCAAUGGCACAGCUGUUGGGUCUGGCUUGGCCUCUAUGGUCCUUUUUGAGGCAAAUGUAUUGGCUGUUUUAUCUGAAGUUUUAUCAGCAAUUUUCGCUGAAGUAAUGCAAGGGAAAGACGAGUUCACUGACCAUUUGACACAUAAAUUGAAGCACCACCCUGGCCAAAUUGAAGCUGCAGCUAUAAUGGAACACAUUUUAGAUGGUAGUUCUUAUGUUAAAGAAGCCAAAAAGCUACAUGAAAUGGACCCCCUUCAAAAGCCCAAGCAAGAUCGAUACGCUCUUCGUACUUCCCCUCAAUGGUUAGGUCCACUGAUUGAAGUCAUUCGAUCAUCUACCAAGUCAAUUGAGAGGGAGAUCAAUUCAGUGAACGAUAACCCAUUGAUUGAUGUGUCAAGAAACAAGGCCUUACAUGGAGGGAAUUUCCAAGGUACCCCAAUAGGGGUCUCAAUGGACAAUACUAGAUUGGCUUUAGCAUCAAUUGGGAAACUCAUGUUUGCUCAAUUUUCAGAGUUAGUUAAUGACUUUUACAACAAUGGGUUGCCAUCAAAUCUCUCUGGCGGACGCAAUCCGAGCUUGGAUUAUGGGUUUAAGGGCUCGGAGAUAGCCAUGGCAGCCUAUUGUUCCGAGCUCCAAUUCUUAGCCAACCCUGUCACCAAUCAUGUCCAAAGUGCUGAACAACACAACCAGGAUGUGAACUCUCUUGGAUUGAUCUCUUCAAGGAAAACCGCCGAAGCAAUUGAGAUCUUGAAGCUCAUGUCAUCAACAUACUUAGUUGCACUUUGCCAAGCUAUUGAUUUGAGGCAUUUGGAGGAGAAUUUGAAGAGCACAGUUAAGAACACAGUGAGCCAAGUGGCUAAGAAAGUUCUCACAAUGGGGAUUGAUGGGGAGCUUCACCCCUCAAGGUUUUGUGAGAGGGACUUGCUCAGAGUCGUUGAUCGUGAGCACGUUUUUGCAUACAUUGAUGAUCCGUGUAGUGAAACAUAUCCAUUGAUGCUAAAAUUGAGACGAGUUCUCGUUGAUCAUGCAUUGAUCAACAAAGAUGAUAUUAAGAACGCGAACGCUUCUAUCUUUUUAAAGAUUGGUGCUUUUGAGGAAGAAUUGAAGACCCUUUUGCCAAAAGAAGUAGAGAGCACGAGAAGUGCUUUGGAGAGUGGAAAUCCUACAAUUCCAAACCAGAUCAAGGAAUGCAGGUCGUACCCAUUGUACAAGUUUGUGAGGGAGGAAUUGGGGACUGGAUUUUUGACAGGAGAGAGAAUUAGAUCACCCGGUGAGGAAUUUGAUAAGGUAUUUUCUGCAAUUUGUGAAGGAAAAAUGAUCGAUCCACUGCUCGAAUGUCUCAAGGAUUGGAAUGGUGCACCUCUUCCAAUUUGUUAGACACUUUGGACAUAAAUUUGUUUACACACUUGAUGUUAUACUUCUGUCAGAAACUGUCUUUGGAUUAUAAAAUGGGAUUAUAGCCCUUGUCUUUUGAUAUCAAUCCGUUUUUCUCACCCUGUAUUUUCCUGAAAUUUUGUGCAGCAAAGAUUUCUAUUAUACAUAUUUGCCUUCCUUUGUAUUAACAAGAA